CAUAUCUAUACCCUGUUAAUACGGUAAAUUAAGCAAAAUGGGUCCCUAUGCCUUGCUAAAACCACUUAAAAAUGGUCACUACAAGAGAAUAGUGGAGGCAAAACCUCCACAAAUAUUCGAACAAUGUAGAAUGUGUAUGGAUUCUUCAUUAAACCGCGAAGAAGGUAAGAAAUUUACAAUUUUUGUGUUUACACAUUUCCAUUUUAUGACAAAAAAUCUUCCAGAAGUUGUUGAGAUUACACAUAAGGAUACAUCCAUAUACACCGAUUCUUCCGCAGAAGUUUUCGAGGAAUCUGAUAAUGCUAUAUUCUAUAAACUAUACACCCAAAACGUAGAAAUCAGAGAUUCUCAAGAAGCAGAACCUGAGAGCUCUGAGGUGGAGCAGCAAGACUCCGAAGUUAGUAUGGUUGAUUCAAAUAUAUCUAGUCAACUUGUGCAAAAUUUGGAAAACAGUGGUAUCACUCAUGAAAGCUAUCUAACCAGAUCAGAAAGUUCUAUUGAAAAUGAACGACUAUCACGAUUUGGAAACGUUGCCGUUGAUGUGGAAUCAGAAUCUUUAUUCAGAGGCGAAGGUGUUCCUACAUUGUUUUAUACCAAGAGCAGAGUUAAGGCAGCUUUGUUGUUCCUUAGCAUAGAUUAUGAAAUGCAAGUUGUCUACAUGAGCAAAAAGAGUAUAUCGAGAUUCUUCCCUGUAAAACUUGUACAGAGAAUUGUCACUAGCCCUGAUAUCAUACAGGAAGAAUUCAAAGAACACUUGAAAAAUGAUCCCUUGACGAAACUAGAGUGUAUGGUUCUAUUUAAUGCUACCAAUUUUACUGAUGCUGUUGCGGUUCAAUUUUCUCAUGAAAAGAUCAGGGACAGAUUUGUGCAAGAGAUUAAAAAUAUCAAAAAAUUGAUAAAACAGUAUUAA